CUGGCAGAUGUGGAAGUUAUGCUAGCGCAACCAGGUCGUCCAUUGUUGUGAGUCAGCAGUAUGCCUGCGAGGUCAUUAUCCCUUGAAGGAUAAAUACGAAGCUGAAUGACUUUGGAACAUAGUCAAAGCCGUCAUAAGUAACGAACGUAAAAAAUGGAAAACGCCGGCUACGAAAGAGAUGCUCGAUCCACGGUCGUCCGAUUGAAAGAACGAGGGCAGUACGACUAUGCCACGAUACAUCGACUCAUCGACACGACGGCAGUGUUGCAUGUAUCUUUCCCCCCAUCUGGCGAUGAUCCUUUUCCAGCGAUCUUGCCGAUGCUGGGUUGCACAGGUGUAUUUGAUCCGGACGGAAAGAAGCCGGAACCGCACGCAGCCGCACCAGGCUCGUUCCCAGAAGACGAGGACGAGGAAGACUAUUCGACGGGCCCUCGUUGCAUUUACUUGCACGGCCACGCAGCGUCUCGCUUGUUCAAAGCUCCUUUGCCGGACAGACUACCCGUUUGCGUUGCAGCAACUACCAUGCAAGGUGUUGUGCUUGCCUUGACUCCGUUCCAUAACAGUUGCAAUUAUGCAAGUGCAGUCGUACAUGGCUACGCAUCAGUUGUGACAAACGAAGCGGAGAGAAUGUAUGCCUUGACGCGUAUUACAGACAAUCUCGUGGCACAUCGAUGGGAUAACAGUAGGAACCCGCCAACCAAGGCGGAGAUGACCACCACCGGCGUGCUGAGAAUCGAUAUUGUCAGCGCAAGUGCAAAAGUACGAGUCGGUGGGCCAGGAGACGACAGGCACGACAUGAAGAACGAGUCUGUCAUCAACAAUGUGUGGACCGGCGUUGUACCGACUUACACAGUAUACGGGGAGCCAAUUCCCAGUGAUUACAACAGAGUAGGGAAAGUCCCUAGCUAUAUGAAGCAUUGGAUUGAGCGUGAGAACAUGCGAAGCAAAGAGGAAGCGCUCUCUGCGGUUGCCAAGGAUAAGAAGUGAAAUUUGAAGCUAAUAGUCAUAGAAGGACGUCGAUAGAACGAUUUGCUACCAAUCUGCAAGUGAUAGACAAUUUCUUCGCUCGCUUUUUUUUCAUCUAUGAAGAAAGUGUAAGCUUCAUUUAAGGUGCAGAUUAACAACCGAUGCAAAUAUAUAUCGCACACAGUAUUUCUGUCAACGUGGAUUCAAGAAUAUUUACCUCGGCCAUAAUUUUGGGCGUACUUAUCACUUCAUACGUCCAUC